AGGGGGAUGAGUGAGCUGUUUUGAGCAGGUUUCGGUUUGUGAGCAGAUUAAACGCAGAGCCAGCAUGAGCUACGACAGGGCAAUUACCGUGUUCUCUCCGGAUGGGCAUCUCUUUCAGGUGGAAUAUGCACAGGAGGCCGUGAAGAAAGGCUCGACUGCGGUUGGAGUUCGAGGAAAAGAGAUUGUGGUACUUGGCGUUGAGAAGAAAUCUGUGGCCAAACUUCAGGAUGAGAGAACAGUACGGAAAAUCUGCGCUCUGGAUGAAAACGUGUUUAUGGCCUUUGCUGGUCUCACUGCUGAUGCAAGAAUAGUUAUAAACCGCGCACGAGUAGAAUGCCAGAGCCACAGGCUUACAGUUGAAGACCCUGUUACCAUAGAGUAUAUCACCAGGUACAUCGCUAGUCUGAAGCAGCGCUACACUCAGAGUAAUGGACGCCGACCAUUUGGGAUAUCUGCUCUGAUAGUGGGCUUUGACUUUGACGGGACACCUCGCCUUUACCAGACGGAUCCCUCAGGGACCUACCAUGCAUGGAAGGCCAAUGCUAUUGGCAGAGGAGCCAAGUCUGUGCGAGAAUUCUUAGAGAAGCACUAUACUGAUGAAGCCAUUGAAACAGAUGAUCUGACCAUUAAACUAGUCAUCAAGGCUUUGCUUGAGGUUGUUCAGUCUGGAGGCAAAAACAUUGAACUAGCAGUUAUGCGGAGAGAUCAGCCACUUAAGAUCCUUACCCCAGAGGAAAUCGAGAGGUAUGUGGCUGAAAUUGAGAAAGAAAAGGAAGAGAAUGAAAAGAAGAAGCAAAAGAAGACAUAACCACGCACAGUGUGAUGUUCUGUCUGCUGCAAUUAGAGCUCUGCAAUAAAUCUACUGCUUUUAUAAAAAAAGAAAACCAUUAAAUCAAUUUCUCCUUGUGUCCACUAAAUUAAAUUUUGCAUUGCCAUUG